CGGAUAUGAUGAGCUUCACCAUUUCCUUGGCGCUACUGCUCCUGGCAGUUCUGAUCCUGGGCGUCCUGUUCGCCUGCCACUGUCUUGGUCCGAGGGCCGCCAACUGGAUGCGGAUGCGAUCCAGCAAGGAGGAAAAGAUCGGACUAUCCAACCACAAGCAAAAGCUAUUCCAUGCCAAUGGCUAUAUGGCCAGUAUACAAUCCGGCUCCGAGUUCCUGCUGAGCACCAGCGGCAGUUUCAAGCGCUUCGACACCAUCGACAAGGAGGACUACAAUCGCUCCCAGCAGACGCAUCAGACGCACCUGUUCCUAAUGAACGGCGGCGGUGCGGUCUCGAUAACCGGAUCAUCCAGUGCCCUCCAGGCCACCACGGCCAUGUGGCAUCUUCCGCGUUCGGGUAUUAAGAUACCGCCACCGCCGGAUCGACCAGCUCCAUCUCCAAAUAGCGCUGCAGCAGCCGGCAAAACGGUUACCUUCUCUCUGAGCCAGGUAAACGAGGUCACCACGCCCAGCGAGCUGGCGACCUCCAACGAUCAGGAGCGUCGCUCCUGCCUCCGUCAAAAUGGUGGAUCUGCGGGCGGUGCUGGUGGGGUUGCUGUGCUGCCGCAGCCACUGGAGGCACCACCUCCGCCACGACUCACCACGUCGACUUCGGUGAACAUGUCUGGUACGGCGAUUCCAAGGCCCAUUGCCAAGCGGCAGGUGUCCCAGCAGCCGGCCAUCAUUGGCGCAGGCCAGCCGGAGCAGCCUGUGGUGAACCCGACGCGGGAGGGUGAGCGGAAAGCGCCUGCUUUGAAGCGGAGGAACUCCAGCACUAAUCCCUUCCUGUGCGAGUCCACGGAGCAGAUACCCAGUAAUCCCAUUUGCGAACCUCUGAAUGCCGCGGUUACUGCUCUGGAAAAUACCACUAUUUCUGGCAGUGAAAGUACUCCAAUAACUGCUCCUCUAAAGCCUCCAACAGCGCCUGUUCCAAUGGAUACGCCAGCCAUCAGCAAUCACAAUGGCAAUCCUUUCGUAGAGAGCCAAAGUCUGUCCAGCAGACUCCUGAAGCUCCAUAACACAACCAAUCCUUUCACGGGAAUCUCGCAACGCGUCAAGGGUCCGCAUCUGCUGCAAAAGACCAUCUCCGAGGAUUAUCUCUUUCGGAAAUUGGGUGUCAAUAGUCCGACGGCCAAUGGCAAUGGCACAGGACCAGGCACUGGUCAUGUCAACGGGAAUGGCAAUGGUACUUGGUCCUUUGGACGCUCCCUGCUGCGACAGGACUCCACUUUGAGUCUGGGCAUGGGCUUGGGCUUGGGCAGACGGAAUAGCUCCCAGGUAUCCCUGGAUUCCCAUGCGGGAUCUAUACCCGGAUCGAUGGAGGGCAUCAAUCUGGAGAGAGCCAUCUCCUGCGAUUCGGUUACUUCGGAUUCAACGCUAUUCCUGGAUCAACUGGAUCAGCCCUACACCCAGAUAACCGGAUAUUUAUGCGUUGGCCUUAACUACGAUCAAAUGAGCAUUAGCAACGAGGGCAUGGAACUGACUGUUAGUGUCCUUGAGGCCAAGGGACUCAUAUGUCCAUUCAGCGUUGAGUCUCUCGACACCUUUGUGCGCGUCUACUUGGUGCCCGAUCAUCCAGGAGCUAUGCAAACAAAGGUGGUCAAGGGUGCACUGACGCCCAACUACAACGAAAGCUUCGAUUUCUGGCUGCACAAGCGGCAGGCGCGUCAUUCGCUGUGGUUCCACCUGUACCACAACGGCCCCGCCCACACGCUCAUUGGGGAGGCGGAGAUGGAGAUCGGGGAGAUGCCACGCCCCAUCACCACGUGGAUACCGCUGUCCGAUUCGCGCAAGUGCAACGCCCGCUGGGGCGAGCUGAUGUUCUCGCUAAGCUACCUGCCCACGGCGGAAAGACUGACCAUUGUGGUGGUCAAGGCACGGAAUCUCAAGCUGGACGGGGAUCAACCGGUUUCGGAAUCCGCCGAAACGGUGCACAGCGUCUUCGUCAAGGUCUACCUGAUGGACAAGGAUCGCAAGGUGCUGAAGAAGCGCACCUCGCUGAAGCGCAAGGAUCGCAGUCCGAUCUUCAACGAGUCGAUGAUCUUCAGUGUGCCGCCACCUAGUCUGACCACCACCCAGCUGCGGGUCACCGUGUUCGGGGUGACAACGAAUGGGGUGACCCCGUUGGGACACAUCGUGGCCGGCAGCUGUGCGGUGGGCAAGGGGUUGCGCCACUGGCACCAGAUGCUCUCGUCGCUUAGGAAACCGGUGGCCAUGUGGCAUGUCCUGCGGCGGGCGGUCAAUCAGCCGAUUUUCACGGGCGGCGCCGAGGCGGUGGUGGCCGCCAUGCAAAACACCCUGCAACGCUCCACCGCCAAGCGGAACAGCAUCGUCUAGAAGUCUGGAGGAGAUCACAGGCGGCGACGGCGGCUCACAUCAACGGCGAAAUUUUCCGCCUCACUGGC